AUGAUCAUUCCAGUGCGCUGCUUUUCUUGUGGCAAGGUGGUUGGUGACCUCUGGGAAAGCUACUUGCGGUUGCUCGAUGAAGGCGUUCCAGAUGGAGACGCCAUGGACCAGUUGGGCUGCAAGAGAUACUGCUGUCGCCGUAUGAUAAUGACGCACGUUGAUUUGAUCGAAAAGCUUCUCAGAUAUAACCCCGCUGAGAGAGACCGUGCGAAGUCGCAGCUGUAA